AUGGGAAAGAGUAAAGCAGAAAUCCAAAGGGCCUAUCGACAGCGCCUUAAAGAGAAAAACAAUGAACGUGAGAGAAUGCGCCGUAACUAUGUACCUUCAUCUGAGCUCUCAGACAGAGACAAGAAAAGAAGAAACGAGCAAAAUAGAGCUAAAUUAAGAAGGUUUUACCAACGCAAGCGUGAAGAGCGACAACGGCAGGUUGAACCACAAGAACAAGACACAAGUGGGUAUGAUAGUGCUCCAAAUGACAGUUCAGAAAGAAGUCGUCUAAGAUUACGAAUCCCAUUUCAAAACAACAGGAGAAAGGGUGCACUUAUUAGGUGGAAACGAGAAUUGUCAGAGGCCACCUCACGCAUUAGACUUCUUGAACAAGAAAGAUCCAAGCUUCUGAAAAGAUACAAAUCUACUCAAAGAUCAUUGCAGCGGAUGAAGAAUAAAAGUAAAAAAUCAACAUCUAAGUCAAGAAUUAACUCCACGAAAGCAGACAGAACAAGAAAUGCAGAUGGCAAACUUAUCUUACAGUCAGAAGCAAAAAAUUAG